AUGCGGUGUACCUUCCACAUGAAGGCGAUGGCCCUCGACUUCGUGGGUUUCCUGGGCCUGGUGUCAGAGAUGGCACAUCUCGGGGAGACGAUCGCAGAUGUGCCGAGCGUGGCGAUGUGGCUCAUGCUGCUGCACUGCGCGAAGAUGUGGCGCUUCGUGUUUCCCACCGUGGUGGUUCUGGACAGCCGGGCAGACUCCUACGCGCGGGGCGUGAUGAGCUCCUUCCUGUGGCUGGUGUUCUUGUCCCACGCGGCUGCGGUGGGGCUGUUGGUCCUAGCCGUGCAGGAACGAGCAGCCGGCAGCCCAAGUUGGAUCGACGACAUGGUCAACAGAGGCGAAAGCUGCACUGUGAUUUACGUCGAGUCAUUCUACUUCACUGCCCUCAGUAUCACCUCGGUGGGGUACGGCGACGUGCUGCUGUCUCCAGCGGAAAGAGCGAUCAACUCCAUUCUCCUCAUCUUGGGGCAGCUCUUCGUGGCGAAGGUUUGUGCGGACGUCACGUGGCUGACGUCCUUGCACAACCUCGAGGAGACGAAGAAUCAGUCGCAGAAGGCGCAGACCUCUGUGGCACUGAAGCACCUGCAGGUGCCCAAAGACCUCACUGAGCGAGUCUUGGCCUACCAGAGCUUUGUGCAGCACGUGCACCGAGAGGAGGACUUGGAUCAGCCGGCCUUCCACGGCCUCUCCGCGCCGUUGAUGCAGGAGCUCCGGCUGGCGGCUUAUCGCAAGCUGAUCCUCAAGGCGCCGUUCCUCCGGGAGCAGAAGAAGCACGUGAUCUCGAUGAUGGUGAGCUCUUUGUCGGACCUCAUCUACCUGCCCGCAGACUUCAUUGUUUGCAGCGGAGAUACAGGCCGGGAGCUCUUCUUCAUGCGCCGAGGCAUCGCAGGCGUCUACCCCAGCGGCCCUGAGUGCCCGCCGGUGUGGGGCGAGUCCAGUGAAGUGGCGGAGUACACUGCCGGGAAGUACUUCGGAGAGCUGGGGAUGCUCACUGCUCGGCCCCGGGCCGCCUGGAUUAUGGCCAAGACCUACUGCGUGCUUUCGGUGUUGCCCUACCAGACGGUGGAGCUGCUGCGUGAUCAGCAUCCAGAGGCCUUUACCACUUUGGUGCAGUCCAUGGUGCGGGUCUUCAAACUGGAGCCUUCCACCACCUGGUCCAAUGUGGCCGUGCGCUUACUGCGGAAAGUGCCUUUGGCCACCACGGACGAAGCCUUCGACUGGUUCUGUGAGCAGGGCGAUGGCGACCCGAUUGGGUCGGAGGAGCCCCUCUUGAAGGCCAAGUCCUUCGAGUGGGUCCUGAAGUUCCUCGGGGUCAAUGACGCGGACCGGAUGAUCCUCUGGGCCGAGAUGGACGCGGACAACACGGGGCACGUCAGCAGACAGGAGUUCGAGGAGAAGAUGGACAUCGAGUUCGCGGCAGAGAAAGUUGCAAAGUCGGUCUCGUCACAGCAGGCUGCGGCCUCCCUCCUGCGGUCCAACAGCGUGCACUUCAGGGAGAGUGGCAUGAGUACAACUUCGCCACGCCACAGUGAACCGAGAUUUACCAGAUCGGUGUCCCGCGACGGGGAGUCGCAGGAGCGCAUGGAAGGGCCCUUAAAGGAGGAGAUGAUGGAGCUUCUGCGGGACACCGUGCGCACCAUCGCCGAGGAGCACUACGCCGGGCCGAUGAGACGCAUGUCGAACACGCAGCCCCCGGAAUUCAGGUCCUCGGCCGAUGCCAGUCCGGGCGCCCAGUCCUCCGACGUCGGAGUCUCCGAGCGGAGCAGAUUUGCGGCCGAAGAGCACCACAGCAUGAAGGCUGUGGAGAUCGAGGAGCUUCGGAAGUUCGGAGCUUGUGGUUGCAGGUCCUUGCGCGUGGCUCGACUCCUUGACCCGGGCAGCUUGCAGGAGCCGGAGAAGCCAAAGGCGAGGACGGCCUCGAAGGAUCCUGACCCGGAGCGGCCACGAGGCGCCCCAUCGCCGCCUUUGUCGCCUUCCAACGACACCGUUUGGCAGAGCAAGUGCAUGCUGCUGGAAGAUGAAAAGGUGGACUUGCAGAACCAGGUCUCGGACCUGAACCAGCAGGUGCAGAUCCUGGUAGAGAAGCUGCAGGAAGUGGGAGGCGAUCAAGCAGUGAGAGAAGUGGAGGAGAAGAUCAAGCUGACGCCAGUGAGACGGCGAAAGAAGAAGAAGCUUCAGGCUUACCAGCGUCUCUAUGAAGACGCCCAGCGCCGCAUCAUCAACAUGCGCGUGAAGGCGAAGGUCUUGGAGAAAGACCAGGAGGAGCAGAUCGGGACAUGGCGAAAGAGCGUGAAGACUGAGAAGUCGAUGAAGAUCGUCGAGGACCUCAGCAAGAUGCACACUGCCGCGCGAGAGUCGCAGAGUCGACUCACCCGGGCCAUGCAAGAUUUCAGCUAUGAUGAGCAGGAGGACCCACAAGAGGGAGACCUUCACGACGUUUGGGAUGACGACGAGGACCAGGCGGAGGACGAGGAGAACGAGGAGGAGGAGGUGGUGCCGCGCAAAGGCCCGCUCUUCCUGCACUUUGCCCCGAACAUGGAGGAUAGCAUUGAGUUCGACGGCUGCAGCGAGGAGCUGGAAAUCUUGAGAGAAGAGUUGAUGGAGAAGCACAAGGAGAUUCGCGCCCUGCAGCAAGAGUUAGCUCUGCUGCGGCGAUCACUCCAGGGACUUCCGGACGUGCGCCAGCUGCUGAGCGCCAUGGACUCCGGCGCGGUGCCGGAGAUCCCCGGGUUGGUUGACGACAGGGUGGACUUGAACCUGGGCAUCACUGGCAUGCGGGCGCCCACCGGGCCGUCAGGAGCGCGCUUUUCGCGCUCCCUGUCGAAGGACGAGGGCGCGCUGUCUCGGAGGUCCAGAUCCGGAUCUGGCAGCCCAACGCAGCGGGACGGCGUCUAUGUGCCGCCGCACGAGCGGCCCAUGCCCAAGGGCCAGCGCUAUGAUCCCUCGCAGGAUCAGAACUACUUGCAGCAACUGCAGCAGAUCCAGCAGUCCAAAGAGACUGCGACAGCGCGGUUGGGGGUGCAGAAGUUCAAGCGAGCGGUGGACAUGCUCCGCAAGGCUCAGCCAGAUGUGAGGGCGUCCCUGCGGGACGCGGACAGGCGACCGGAGAGGUCCAACAGCCGCGCUUCAGUGAUUCCGCCAGGCCAAGAGAGGUCCAACAGCCGAGCUUCAGUGCUGUCGCGGCCCGACACCUUCAGCCGACCGGUGCCAGCGCCAGCCUUGGCGCGGCUGCGGCAGACGGUGAAGACCGUCCAGCAGACCCUCAGGGGCACCGUGACCGAGCCGAAUCGCCGCACAAGCUCCAGCACGUUUCGGCAGCGCCUAGCGCCUGUGGACGCUGUAGCGCCAGAGAAGUUCUCCAGCACCUGGCCCUUGUCAGACAAGCUCAAGCCAGACGGGUACGUCAGCCCUUCAUCGCCCAAGUCGCCCAAGUCGCCAGUGCUUGACAACCUGACCGCGUCCAUUGACGUGCAGUCCUACACGCCCGCGAAAGCAAGCGUCGGGCUUCCAGACUCGCGGGCUACCACCGCUGAUAGUGGUGGGGUGGAGUGGAAAGCGCCGUUCGACUCCCGGGCCAACUCCAAGAGUAGUGGGGCAAUGCUCCAAACAACGCUGGAGCCUGUUCCACAGUUCGACUCCCGGGCCAACUCCAAGAGUAGUGGCGCAAUGCUCCCAACGCUGGAGCCUGUUCCACAGCAGCCCGAGCCCAGAACGGCGCAGGCGUCCAACCAGGAGACUGAGGUUCCAAGGCAGCGGCUGUCCAACUCGCGCUCGGCCUCCAAAGAGCCUGAGCUGCUUCUGACCUUGGGCUACAAGCCCGAAGCUCGGAGCUCGUCAAAGCGCUCCCUGGCGAGUGGCGCAUCCUCGCCGCUCGGCGGGUCGUUGACCACCACGCCCCCGGCAUCUCCCAAGGGAAAUCUGCCAAGCACUUUUCCUGCGGGAGAGUCUUUGGUGGUCACAGCCUUCCCUGCAGGCAACGCCUUGCCAGACGGGCCCAGCCUGAGGAGCAAGCCGGUGCCAGCACAGGCCGGCGCUGCCCAGGCCAAGCAGCCGAGGCCUUUUCCCGCUUUGCAUGGCAGCUCCGCGUUCAGGAACUCCUCCCAGGACUCGUGGCAAUCCAUGACUUUAGCCGAACACCGAGGCAUUUUGAACAGGCAGCAUUUGCAUACCUUUAUCUUCGACACCUCCAGCUUCCUCGUCCCCCAGCACCACGGCUUGGACGGGGUGGUUGGAAGAAAUCCGCUGGUGAUCAGGGUGUCCCUGCCUGCGGGCGAGCGGAAGGCAGGCGAGUGGAGAGAUCGGGACGCUCCGGUGCACAAGCUCGCCCUGGGCCCGGGCUUCGGGCUGCUGCGGUGGUGCGCCGUGGUCCUGGACGAGCGCACUGUGGAGCUAGAGGUGAUCGCGCAGAUUCACUUGGAGGGUGCGGUGCAGCAAGUGCUGCUGGCGCGCGCGGCCUGCGGUGGCACCUUUAUUGGCAGCCUCACUCCCAGCACAGAUCGCCGCCUAGCAGCCAAAGCCUUGGGAGAUUCCAGGUUGGUGGAGGUCAUUUUCUCAUUUAGCAAUGCUUCCAGCUGGUUUGCCCAGAAGGAGGCCCUGGCCUUGGAGAUCAACGUGGCGCUGCUGCGCUGCUUCGUCUCGGGGCUCUGCACCUUGCGGAAGUUGCCCCAUGAGCUUUGGACCUCCAGUGAGGAUGCCGUCAUCACGGUCUCCCCGGAGCUGAGAAAGGAGUACGAGCGGAAGAUCCAAGACUUGGGGAACCUAAUCCGCGAGAGAAGCCCGGCAGAGUGCAAAGGGAUCUCCACGCACACCUUGCUUGUGCUGCAGCGCGUGUUGUGGAUUGCCGUGACGGCUGCGACCACCAACAUCCGCCUCUUCUGGCUGGCCGGCUCCCUGCAGUUCUUUGCGGCGCCCUACUCGCUCGCAGUGUCCUUCAUGAUGUUCAUCAUGUUGUUCUGCAGUAUGUGCGCCAGCCACCUGGUUUCUGUGUUGGUUCUUUACUUCCUGCCGCUGUCGUGGCUGCCGAAUCUCGAGCUGGAAAUCACCAAUACCUCCAUCGCCUUCUUCAUGGCGUUGGACUUCUUAGUGACUGGCUACUAUGCGCUGGUGGCGUGCAGCGACGGAGCUCCCAAGAAGAGUUCUGUUGGCCAAAGCCUGCGACACAUGAUCUAUGGCACCUUCAACGGCCGCGGCUAUGUGCUGCUGCUCCUGCUGAUCUCCAGAGGCUGUAAGAUCAGCCUCACUUGGAUUGCCGCGGACGCCUUGCUGGGAGUCUCUCCGUGGGUGAACAACAUCAUCCAGGACAGCGUACUCUCCUGGGAGACCAUGGCCUAUCAUGUUCACCGCAUGGCUCACCUGCCGGUGGUCUACGAGCACGCGCAUCGCAUCCACCACUUUCUGCCCGACGGCACCGCCUGGGACUCCCACAUCUUCUCGGGCGCGGGGUUUCCGGAAGACUUCUUCUACUUGCUGCAGGAUGUCUUGCUGGUGCGCUACGCUGGGCUGCCUGCGCCCUGGAUGACCUACCGGCUCCUCAAAUUCCAGAGGGCCAACAAGGACGGGCACCAGCGCCGGGACGCCUCGUGCGAGCACGAGCAAUACCAUCAAGAUCAUCACCUCUACCACCGGGCAAACUUUGGCUUGAACAAGCCCAUGUUGGACCUGGUCUUCGACACUUUCAAGCCCACUAAGAAGGAGUGGCUCGACUUCGGAGACGCCAGCUACAAGAAGGAGCAGGGCGCAGAUGGCAGCAUCAUCCUCCACAUGAAGGUCCAGAAGCGGCCCUUUCCCCUGGCAUCGCGUCAGAACUAUGCGGGCUGGCAGAUGGCUUUGAUGAGGCUCAUGGUGUAG